UCUCCAUCCUCAAUAUUGAUUUAUAAAACCGGAAGUGGUUGACUCGAUGGUGCAGCACUUCAAGGUGACGAUCUUCGGGGAUCGCAGGCCGGUCUACGAUGGGAAGAAGAGCCUGUACACGGCCAACCCACUGCCCGUGGCUCCCACAGGGGUGGACCUGGAUGUCACUCUGCCAGGUGAAGGAGGGAAAGACCGUCCCUUCAAAGUGUCAAUCAAAUUUGUGUCUCUGGUCAGCUGGCACAUGCUGCACGAGGUGCUGACGGGCCGCAGCAUGCCCGAGCCCCUGGAGCUGGACAAACCCAUCAGCACCAACCCGGUCCACGCAGUGGACGUGGUCCUGCGACACCUGCCCUCCAUGAAGUACACUCCGGUGGGUCGGUCCUUCUUUUCGGCUCCAGAGGGCUAUGAUCAUCCUCUGGGAGGCGGGAGGGAGGUGUGGUUUGGCUUCCAUCAGUCUGUGCGGCCCGCCAUGUGGAAGAUGAUGCUCAACAUUGACGUGUCUGCCACCGCGUUCUACAAGGCCCAGCCUGUCAUCCAGUUCAUGUGUGAAGUGCUGGACAUCCACAACAUCGACGAGCAGCCGCGUCCACUCACAGACUCACACCGGGUCAAAUUCACCAAAGAGAUCAAAGGCUUGAAGGUGGAGGUGACGCACUGUGGAACAAUGCGGAGGAAGUACCGCGUCUGCAACGUGACCCGCCGACCUGCCAGCCAUCAAACGUUCCCUUUACAGUUGGAAAACGGUCAGACAGUGGAGCGAACUGUCGCCCAGUACUUCAGGGAGAAGUACAGCCUGCAGCUCAAGUAUCCACAUUUGCCCUGUUUACAAGUGGGUCAGGAGCAGAAGCACACCUAUCUCCCCCUGGAGGUGUGUAACAUUGUAGCAGGACAGCGAUGCAUCAAGAAGCUGACGGAUAAUCAGACGUCCACCAUGAUCAAAGCCACAGCUCGUUCUGCACCUGACAGGCAGGAGGAGAUCAGCAGACUGGUGCGUAGUGCCAACUACGAGGCCGACCCAUUUGUGCAGGAGUUCCAGUUCAAAGUGCGCGACGAGAUGGCCCACGUGACGGGGCGAGUGCUACCCGCCCCCAUGCUGCAGUACGGCGGCAGGGUGAGCACAGAGCACUUUAUGAACCGCACUGUGGCCACGCCCAGCCACGGCGUGUGGGACAUGAGAGGGAAGCAGUUCCACACCGGGGUGGAGAUUAAGAUGUGGGCCAUCGCCUGCUUCGCCACACAGAGGCAGUGUCGAGAAGAAAUCCUGAAGGGUUUCACCGACCAGCUACGUAAGAUCUCCAAGGACGCUGGGAUGCCCAUUCAAGGUCAGCCAUGUUUCUGUAAAUAUGCCCAGGGAGCGGACAGCGUGGAGCCCAUGUUCAGACACCUGAAGAACACCUACGCCGGGCUGCAGCUCAUCAUCGUCAUCCUGCCAGGAAAGACUCCCGUCUACGCGGAGGUGAAGCGUGUGGGGGACACUCUCCUUGGCAUGGCCACCCAGUGUGUUCAGGUGAAGAACGUGGUAAAAACGUCGCCUCAGACUCUGUCCAACCUCUGCCUCAAGAUCAACGUGAAGCUGGGAGGCAUCAACAACAUCCUGGUGCCUCAUCAACGACCUUCAGUGUUUCAGCAGCCAGUGAUUUUCUUGGGAGCAGACGUUACUCAUCCACCUGCUGGAGAUGGAAAGAAGCCUUCAAUAGCUGCAGUGGUCGGCAGCAUGGACGCCCACCCCAGCAGGUACUGUGCCACUGUGCGGGUCCAGAGGCCCAGGCAGGAGGUCAUUCAGGACCUGGCCUCCAUGGUGCGGGAGCUGCUCAUACAGUUCUACAAAUCCACGCGCUACAAGCCCACCAGGAUCAUUUUCUACAGGGAUGGAGUUUCAGAAGGCCAGUUCAGACAGGUGCUGUAUUAUGAGCUGCUGGCCAUCCGCGAGGCCUGCAUCAGUCUGGAGAAAGAGUAUCAGCCUGGCAUCACCUACAUUGUUGUACAAAAACGUCACCACACACGUCUCUUCUGUGCCGACCGCAACGAAAGAGUUGGACGCAGUGGAAACAUUCCUGCUGGUACGACCGUGGAUACGGACAUCACACAUCCGUACGAGUUUGACUUUUACCUCUGCAGUCACGCUGGAAUACAGGGCACCAGUCGACCCUCUCACUACCACGUCCUGUGGGACGACAACUGUUUCACCGCUGACGAGUUCCAGCUGCUCACCUACCAGUUGUGCCACACCUACGUGCGCUGCACCCGCUCAGUCUCCAUCCCCGCUCCAGCCUACUACGCCCACCUGGUGGCCUUCCGCGCUCGCUACCACCUGGUGGACAAAGAACACGACAGCGCUGAGGGCAGCCACGUGUCCGGUCAGAGUAAUGGCCGGGACCCGCAGGCGCUGGCCAAAGCUGUUCAGAUCCACCACGACACCCUGAGGACCAUGUACUUCGCCUGAGCUCCACACACACACACACACACACACACACAUACGCACACACACCU